AUGAUCGAGAAUCCUCCUUCUUGGCUAAAACCAUUUUUACCCCCCAAAGCAGGACCCACAGAGAUUCUAGCCCUGCGGAAAGCCAAAAAGGAGACCGACUCUAUGCCCAAAGCACCCCUUCGUCCGGUCUUCCAGGAUUCCUCCCCGCAGGAUCGGAUUCUCCCGCCGCCCUACUGGGCAUCGGGGGCUGCAGAAGGGGUGCCACCCCUCCCUGACGAGGGAGUCCCUGUGCGCAGGCCAGCAGCGGGGACACACAGUCAGACCCACCGGACGGCCCCACCUCCGAAUGCGGGGCCGGCUGACUCCACCGCCCUUCCUCUCUGCUCCAUGGGGCCCCCCGAUGAGACUGACGAACAGCUAAUGUUAUAUUGGCUGUUCUCCACCAGUGAUUUAUAUAAUUGGAAAACCCAAAAUGCAAAGUUCUCUGAUAAUGCGAGAGAUCUAAUCGGGCUUUUAGAUACUGUUCUCUUUACCCACCAGCCUACUUGGGAUGAUUGCCAACAGCUCUUGCAGGUUCUCUUCACCACCGAGGAAAGAGAACGAAUUCAGGUGGAAGCCCGGAAGUCUGUCCUGGGAGAGGACAGACAGCCGACUCAAAACCCAGACCUCAUAAAUGCUGCCUUCCCUUUAUCCCGCCCCACCUGGAACUACAACUCAGCUGAAGGUAAGGAGAGACUCCGGGUCUACCACCAGACUCUAACGGCAGGUCUCAAGGCUGCCACGCGCAAGCCUACCAAUCUGGCCAAGGUCUAUGAUGUGAGGCAGGGUAAGGAUGAGAGUCCAGCAGCCUUCUUAAAGAGAGUCAUAGAGGCUUUUAGGCAGUACACCCCUAUGAACCCAGAAGCCCCGGAAACAAAGGCCGCAAUGGCUUUUGUUAACCAGGCCGCUCCGGAUGUUAAAAAGAAAUUGCAAAGAGUAAAGAGACUGGGAGAGAAGAGCUUGCAGGACUUAGUGAUAGUGGCAGAACGAGUCUAUAAUAAUAGAAAAAGUCCGGAAGAACAACAAACCAAACUAAGUGACCGGCAGACCCGAAACCUGGCCAAGAUCCUGCUGGCCAACCAUGGACGACCCACAGGAAAGACGGAACACCUCAAGAAGCUGGCUUCAGGGACAGGUAAGGAGGAUGGCCCUGGUCCCCGUCGGGAGCACCCUAAGCUGAACAAAAACCAAUGCAAAGAGGAGGGCCAUUGGGUGAAAAGCUGCCCUAACAAAAGAUCUAAGGCCCCUGCCAAGAUCUUAAAAAUGGAGGACCUGGACAAUUAGGGGAGUCAGGGUUCGGCACCCUUCCUCAAGCCCAGGGUAACUCUUACAGUGGAGGGGCAACCUGUUGAAUUCCUAGUGGACACUGGGGCACAACAUUCGGUUUUAUUACAACCCCAAGGGAAAUUGGCAAACAAAACUUCAUGGGUGCAAGGGGCCACGGGCACCAAACAAUACUCACGGACUACCCGAAGAACUGUGGAUCUGGGCACGGGCCGGGUAUCCCACUCCUUCAUGGUCAUCCCUCAGUGUCGCUGUUAGGUCGGGAUUUGCUCGGGGGCACAAAUUUGCUUCCACCUCAAAGGGGCAAAAGUGCUAAACAAGAAGGGGCACCCGAUUCAGGUGCUUGUCCUGAGUUUAGAAGACGAAUAUCGUCUCCACCAAAUGCCCUCAGCCCAAAUGACUGACAUUGACCGUUGGCUGCGGGAAUUUCCCCAAGCGUGGGCAGAAACUGGGGGAAUCGGGCUGGCCCAGCAUCGACCGGCCAUAUACAUAAAACUAAAGCCAGGGGCAGACCCUGUCAGGGUCCGCCAAUACCAGCCUCUAGUAGCACGAAAGGGAAUCCCACCUCACAUACGGCGACUACUGGAUUCGGGCAUCUUAAGGCCCUGCCAAUCCGCAUGGAACACUCCCUUGCUGCCGGUUCAGAAACCACACUCUAACAAUUACAGGCCAGUCCAGGACUUGAGUGAAGUCAACCGGCGAGUAGAGGAUAUGCACCCUACGGUCCCAAACCCAUACACCCUCCUCUCCACCUUGCCUCCAGACAAAACUUGGUAUACGGUAUUAGAUUUAAAAGAUGCUUUUUUCAGCCUGCCUUUUGCGCCCAAGAGCCAAGACCUCUUUGCCUUUAAAUGGACGGACCCUGAGAAAGGCAUCAAUGGCCAGCUCACCUGGGCUAAACUACCACAAGGAUUCAAAAAUUCACCGACCAUCUUCGCUUCACACGAAGACUUGGGUGAGUUCCGUUCCGAGCACCCUCAUUUGACUUUAUUACAGUAUGUAGAUGACAUCCUGUUGGCGGUGGAGGACCAGGACACAUGCCUGUGAGGCACCAGGGACUUGCUCCAGACCAUAGCGGCCCUAGGAUACCGGGCCUCACCUAAAAAAGCCCAGAUCUGCAGAACAGAGGUGAGCUACCUUGGGUACAAAUUAAAAGAUGGACAAAGAUGGUUGACGGAUGCAUGGAAGGAAACCAUCUUAAGAAUCCCACAGCCGCAAACCGUCCGCCAGGUACGUGAAUUCCUGGGGUCAGCAGAGUUCUGUCGCUUAUGGAUUCCGGGUUUUGCCGAGAUGGCCAGACCCCUCUAUGAGGCCACCAGGCACCAGCAAAAUUUUAAAUGGACUGAGGCCAUGAACAGAGCCUUUAAUAACCUUAAAAAGACCUUGCUGUCUGCCCUGGCCCUUGGGUUGCCCGAUCCAGCCAAGCCCUUCUACCUGUAUGUGGACGAGAAAGACGGGGUGGCAAAAGGGGUCCUUGUCCAGUACUUAGGUCCCUGGAAAAGACCCAUAGCCUAUCUCUCCAAAAAGCUGGACACGGUGGCUGCUGGAUGGCCCCUAUGCUGAAAAAUUAUUGCUGCGGUGGCCACUAUAGUCAAGGACACAGACAAACUGGCCAUGGGGCAAGAACUGCAUGUUACCACCCCACAUGCUAUUGAAGGGGUACUCAAACAGCCUCCAAUCCGCUGGAUCAGCAAUGCCCGUCUGACCCAUUAUCAGAGCCUACUGCUAAACCCUACCAGAAUUUUAUUUAAGCCACCAACAACCCUGAAUCCGGCAACGCUACUCCCUAACCCAGACUGGGACCCCCCUCUGCACAACUGUCAAGAAAUUUUGGCACAGGUACACAGAAUCAGAGCUGAUCUCCAGGACCAGCCACUGCCGAAUGCGGACGCCACCUGGUACACGGACGGCAGCAGUUUUGUCCAAGAAGGACUCAGAUAUGCGGGAGCCGUAACCAUGGAGAUGGAGGCUGUCUGGGCAGAGCCACUGGCAGCCGGAAUGUCGGCUCAAUGGGCAGAACUGAUGGCACUGGCCAAGGCGCUGACCAUGAAAAACAGUAAACAAAUAAACAUCUACACCAACAGCAGGUAUGCCUUUGCCACCGCUCACAUCCACGGAGCCCUUUACAGGAAGAGAGGGCUUCUGACAGUAGAGGAAAAGACUGUUAAAAACAAAACAGAGAUUCUUGAACUCCUAAAGGCCCUCUGGCUGCCCAAGGCCCUAGCCAUCAUCCAUUGUCCGGGGCACCAAAAGGCAGACACGCCAGUAGCCAGGGGAAACCGGCUAGCCGAUUUAAAAGCAAAAGAGGCAGCCCUUCUGGAGACCCAGGUCUUAGCUACCAUGCUACCUGAUCCGGGGGCACUGACCCUGCCUGACACCCCCAACUAUACUGAUGCUGACUUACACUGGAUCAAAUGCUUGCCUAUGACCCAGUGCUUGCAUGGCUGGUAGAGGGCUCAGACUCCAGCAUCAUCUUGCCAGAGGAACUAGGAUGGCGAGUCCUAUCCAAAAUGCAUCGGAGUACUCACAUGGAAACAAGGAAGAUGGAAGACCUCAUACUACAUGCAAAGAUCACUAUUAAAGACUCUCGAGCAAAGAUCGAACAGAUUGUGGCAAGCUGCCGUGCAUGCCAAUUAACAAAUGCCUCCGCCCAUGGAUAUAACCCAGACACCUGGCUCCGAGGGGACCACCCAGGAGCCUACUGGGAAGUGGACUUCACUGAGGUAAAACCUGGAAAAUACGGGUAUAGGUAUUUGCUAGUGUUUGUAGAUACUUUUUCAGGAUGGACAGAGGCAUUUCCCACCAAACAUGAAACAGCACAGAUCCUGACCAAGAAACUGCUGGAAGACAUCGUACCGAGGUAUAGUUUUCCCGUUAGAAUUGGGUCAGACAACGGCCCAGGAUUCAUAUCUAAGGUAACACAGGGAGUGGCACUAGUACUUGGGGCAGAUUGGAAAUUACAUUGUGCAUAUAGGCCCCAGAGCUCAGGACAGGUCGAGAGGAUGAACAAAACAUUAAAGGAGACCUUAACUAAAUUAGCCCUGGAGACUGGCAGGGACUGGGUGACUCUCCUCCCCUUUGCCCUAUAUAGGGUGAGGAACUCCCCAUAUAAGAUGGGACUGGCUCCCUACAAAAUCAUGUUCCGUCUUCCUCCACCUGUUAUCCCCAAUUUAAAACCUGAGGUGCUUGCUGAAUUUGAUGAUCACCAACUUCUUUUCUCCCUCCAAAUGUUACAACGAACCCAUGAGCAGGUGUGGCCUAAGCUGAGAGCCCUCUACGAGACUGGGCCACCCCCGGACCCCCAUCGAUAUCGGCCAGGUGACUGGGUAUACAUGCGGAAAUACCAACACCAGACACUUCAACCUCACUGGAAGGAACCCUACCUCAUGAUCCUGACCACUCCCACCGCUCUCAAGGUCGACAGGAUUACUCCCUGGGUCCACUACACACACGUCCGGCCAGCUGACCCGCACACCGUUCUCAAGGACUUUGUUACAGAAUGGAAAAGCCAACCAGACAAGGACAAUCCCCUAAAGCUAAGACUGCGCCGUUCUCACUUAUUUCCCACCUCCAAGAGUCCCUAGUCCAAGGUUGUCCUUCAAAGUAGAAGGAAAUUAGAAUUAGUCUUCUUACAACAAAGGUGUGGGGGGGGGGGUAUGUGCUGCCUUAAAUGUAAAUGAGAGCGAGAACAGCAACAAGGAUGGUGAGAAUCCUGGUUUAAUCA